UUGUUGUUUUGAAGUGGCCCUAUACAUAACAACCAGAAUAUUCAGCUUGUUAUACAUCCACCACAUGUGGUAUCUUAGGCAGUGGCCACGUUGACAUGUUACUGAAGGCAAGUCUUGAGAUUUGUCUCAACUUUGAAUCUUGAUUCUUGAGCGGUAAGGCUGGCCGUUUCACCGUCGAAUCACAACUGCAUCGUGGGUGGCUGAGCUCGUAUCCAUUCUGCCUGGUGGUAUGAAUGACCAAUGAGUGCUUGCCCCUCGCGCGGCGGCUUAUAUGCAUGCAUUACGUGUCCCAUACGAGCUUCGCCGUCGGCGAGAUUGCUGAUAGAUAUUACGUGCUCGCCGGCCGGUCAGAUCUCCUUCCAACCUGUCUCCUCUCAUCCUGACUCCUGGGUUACACGUGACCAUACACUUAUCCACAUGUGCCUCCUUGUUGCUACAGCAACAUGCUUCUUUGUUAGACUUGUGAAUUCGUCUCCAAUCCCGCCCAUCCGUGAGGGUGUUCUACAGUCCAGCCAAUCCCCUACUGCUUCCGACAAGACACAGACGGUAUGGUCGCGGCAAGACAUCUUCGCUCUAGCCAGCAUCUGUGUUGCCAUAGCUGGAAUAUUCAUCGGUCUGUUGAUCGCCUCGCCCAAACUACGUUAUCGGCUCCGUGAAUCUCUGCACUGUAAGGGAAAUCCUUGUUCUUUGAGAAACUGUACUAAGAUGACACUCUACGUUAAGACUGUAUAUCUACGAUGUGUCGAAAGCACACACGAGAUCAGGACGGCGCCAGACGACAGAUGCAAGAGAGAUACAACGAGUACCUCGAAUUUAUUGAGUUUCUGAAAUUAAGUGGCAGCGCGCGAUGACAGUGAGAUACGCCGGGAUGGGCAUUCCUUGAUGGGCAAGAAUAGAAACACUGCUUUCUGUCGGCGGAGAAGAAGCUGUUCUGAAUUGUAUACACAUUACACAUCAUCGUGUGGUUUCCUACAGCGACAGUUCUUCCAGCAUCAGACUUUACCGAGCUUUCAUGAGACGCUUUUGCAUGAACAUCACGAAUUUCCUUGGCUACAUUUGCGAUUGCUGUAAGACCUACGAGGUCUCUGCAGUCUGCGAUAGUGCGCUGCACAGUAGCUUCCU